CGCGGCGACCAUGACCUCAGAUAAGUUCGUCGGAGUCGGCCGUGGAAUCAUAGUUAAAAAGAGGAAUCUAACAAAGCAGGACUUGUGGGAGGCGGCAGAGGAAAGAAAAGCCCGAGGCGCGUUUCCACACUCAACCGGAGCAGAUGAUGAUGUCAUUACGCGUAUUCUGGAGAUUCUCCCAAAUCGAGGAACGACGGCGAGGGGAAAGUUUGAUAAAACAACUGUGAGGGGAGGGGAGAAAAGAGUUGGGGAAGGAGAACUCCCAGGCAAAAACUUUAUCCACGCAGGAGAGGACUCUUGGAAGCUCUUUAAGCAAACUGGAUUACACAAGAACAAUUUUCUGUGGAUUAAUGUGGCCAUAAUUCAUUGGAUUAACGAUCACAGAAGGAGCUGAAGGAGGGAGUCAUGAAGGUCAUCUGCUCCUCUCUGGUGCUUCUCACCAUCUGCUUGGGUCAUGGGGGUCGAAUGGCAUCAGCUGAAGGUGUCAGCUGCCCGUCCAUACAAGUAGAAGACUGGAAGUUUCCCCAAGCUGCCAGACACAACAUCACAGGUUUCAAUCUGGCGCGCAGUUUCUCCCUGCUGAAGAACAGCGAGGUCAAGAAGAUCCGAAAUCUGAGAGGGCCUGUCAUCCUUCGCCUUGGGAAAGUCCAACUCAUCCAACCUACAGAUCAAGUAUUUCCUCAUGGACUUCCAGAGGAGUUCACCCUGGUCUUCACCAUGUUGCUGAAGAAGAAAUCUUUGAGAGACAACAUUUACCUGUUCCAGAUAUCCGAUGAGCGCGGGUAUCCUCAGUUCUCACUGGACUGGAAUGGUCCAGAUGGCAACCUGGCCCUGCGGGCGAGAGGGGCUGACCCCGAAGGGUCCAUGGUGGGAUGCGUGUUCGAAGGUGAUGGUGUGGAAUCCCUGAUGGACAUGCGCUGGCACAAGGUUGCUCUGAGCCUGCAGAGUAACGCGGCCUCCUUGCACGUGGACUGCAGCUCCAUCGAGAACAAGCCUCUGGAGCUCCGUGGCCAAUUGCCCAUCAAUGGACACACGCUGUUGGGUAUGAGGGCUACUGAUGCUUCCCCUGUGGAGAUUGAUGUUCAGCAAGUGAUGGUGUAUUGUGACCCCUCUUUGGCGAUCCAGGAGGCCUGCUGCGAGAUACCUGGAGCUCGGUGCCCACCAGAUGCUCCCAAGAGUCGACGAGCUGCAGAGAACCAAGUGGAGUUUGUGCCCAAUCCCUUCUCUCAGGCAAUCCUCGGAUCCAAGGAACUGGCGGAAAAAUGUGCAGGCUGUUUACUGCUCAAUGAGGAAUCGAGUGUUAUCCAGGAGGGUCAGUCAGGCCUCAAAGGAGAGAAGGGAGAGCAGGGUUUGGACUGUACUGGUGCUGGAGUUCCUGGACGAUGCUUAGAAGGUGCUAAAGGGGAGAAAGGAGAGAAGGGCGAGUCGGGUCUGGCUGCCAACUGGGGGGAAGCUAUAGGAGUGAAGGGGGACCAAGGACAGAAAGGAGAAAGGGGAGCCCCAGGUCUGGCCGGAAGUCCAGGCAAAGAUGGUCGAGCUAAUCCUAUUUGUGUGGUAGGCCCCAAAGGACAAAAGGGCGCCCCUGGUGUAGUCGGUCCGGAAGGGCUUGCAGGAGAACCAGGACGCCCGGGCCUUCCUGGACUGCCCGGAGUUGGGAAACCAGGACCACCAGGGCCCCCUGGUGGACCUGCAGAAUCUAAAGGGGAGAAAGGGGAUUCUGGGAUACCUGGUGUAGACGGAAAGACUGGAGAUCCUGGUCCGAGAGGUCCUUCGGGACAUAAAGGCGAGAAGGGAGAACCGUGUGAAUCAUGUCCAGUGGUCUCUUCGGAGUCUGGCAACACCGUGGACAAGCAGGGGCCUAAAGGAAAACCUGGUCCACCUGGCCCUCCAGGACUGGAUGGCAAAUCAGGAGAGAAGGGGGAGCCAGGAGCCAGAGGUGAAAAGGGGGAAGCAUGUUCCGACUGCCCUAACAUUGGAGUUAUUCCAGCAGGCAUUUUGAAUGGGAAUCAAAAGGGACAGAAGGGAGAACCAGGUGUUGGACAGAAAGGAGAGCAGGGGAAUGCAGGCAGCAGAGGAAACGAUGGGAAACCGGGCAAACCUGGUCCAAGAGGGCCAAGUGGGAAAGAUGGAGAUAAAGGAGCCCAGGGGGAUCCUGGCCUACCUGGUGUAGGAACACCUGGUAUGAAAGGUGAAAAGGGAGACUGCAUAACCACUGCCUCUGAGGUGGGAAGUGGCCCACCUACGAUAAAGGUCACAGGGGAACCUGGCCCUCCAGGUCCUCCAGGUGAAGGAGUUGAGGGCAAACAGGGGCCCCCGGGUCUUCAAGGUUUCAAAGGAGAGAAAGGUGAUCAGGGCUUACAGGGAGACCCAGGUGUGGCUGGGACACCUGGAGCCCCAGGAUCUCAAGGAGAGGCAGGCAGGAACGGCCUUAAUGGACUAAAAGGAGAAAAGGGAGACGCAUGUGACAGCUGUCCAUCACUCCCCGAAGGAAAUGGCAAUGUUGCUGGCUUUCCAGGACCCAAGGGAGAGAGAGGAGAGCCGGGUUUGCCAGGCGAGGGCCGAGAAGGGAAACAGGGUCGACAAGGCCCACCUGGUGUCCAGGGACCUCCGGGGCUCAAAGGAAGUCAGGGUGAUGCUGGGCCUGCAGGUAUUGGCCUUCCAGGACUGCAGGGUGAGCAGGGACCUAGAGGUUUUCCCGGAGCUGCUGGUCCAGAAGGACGUCAAGGACCCUCAGGGCCGAUUGGACCAGCUGGUCAAGGGGGUUCUAAAGGAGAGAUGGGACCACAAGGGCCAAUGGGAAUAGGACAAAUCGGACCUUCGGGUAGGGAUGGUACGACAGGAUUGCCUGGGCAAGAUGGGAGUCCUGGAGUCACUGGGCCUAAGGGUGACAAGGGUGAACCAGGAGAGUGCAACUGUUCGCCUAACACGUUCCCUGGAACCGGCGGACCUGGGGUCCCAGGUGGUGAGAGCAGGUGGCAGCCUGGUCCUCAGGGUCCUCCUGGACCACCAGGCCCUCCAGGUCCCCCAGGGCCCCAGGGCUUCAUGGGAAUCACAGGCCCACAGGGUAUCCCUGGCAACGAUGGCGUACCAGGGAAACCGGGUCCACCCGGCCAAGCACCUCCUAUACUUCUGCCUCAGGAUUCCCCAGGCAAGGAGAGCUGUGGCGAUUGCUCCAAGGGCCUACCAGGUGUGCCCGGCAAUGUUGGCUCUAAGGGCGAGAAGGGAGAUCAGGGAAAGCCUGGCGCUUUGCCCUUAGAAGGAUGUGAACGGUGUUUUGAGAAGCUGCAGAGAGAGGAAACACCAAGUGGGCCAACGGGUAACAGUGGUCAGUGUACCGGUUCACCAGGGCCGCCCGGAUUCCCAGGGAGCCCAGGAGGCAAAGGAGAACCGGGUUCUAGAGGUGAGCGAGGACCUCCUGGUACUCCUGGAACCCCGGGGAAUAUUGGUUUUCCUGGUGCUCAAGGACCCCCUGGCCUGAGUGGUCAACAAGGUCAGAGAGGGACAGAUGGGCUUCCAGGACAGAAAGGUGAACAGGGUCCACCGGGAAAUCCUGGCUAUCCUGGAAAUAUGGGAACACCUGGACUCCCUGGACUUAAAGGAGAGCGUGGCAAUCCAGGCACUGCAGGGCAUAAAGGAGAAUCAGGCCCACCGGGAUCUCCAGGUUAUCAAGGACCGGUUGGCCCAGCAGGUCCUAAAGGGGAAGCUGGAACACCGGGACCCGUGGGACCAAAGGGAGAUCAGGGCUUCCAAGGAUCCCAAGGAUUCCCAGGACAACAGGGUCCUCCAGGUUUCCCAGGAAAAGCAGGUCCUUCGGGCCCUCCAGGACCUCAGGCUGAGAAAGGUAGUGCUGGACUUCAGGGCUCACAGGGACCCACAGGUCCGCCAGGAUCACCUGGGGGACCAGGCAUGCCUGGGCCACCUGGAAUGGAAGGGCUUGAUGGCAAAGAUGGAAAACCAGGUUCAAGGGGUGAACCAGGACCGGCUGGCCCCGCUGGACCCAGGGGAAUACCGGGUUUCAAGGGCAUCAAAGGGCACACAGGUCUCCCAGGAAUGAAAGGAGAUAGAGGACCUCAGGGACCAGCUGGAGCUACGGGAAGGGCUGGUCUAGAGGGUGAUCCUGGUUCUCCUGGACCUCAAGGACCACCUGGAGCUCCAGGACAUGUGGGUCCUGCUGGAACUUCAGGGCCACCGGGACCAGUUGGGCCACCUGGACUGGGCAUUAAGGGAGACAAAGGUGAGGCGGGAGAGAGAGGACAGGGUGGAUUGCCUGGCCCACCAGGGAUCCCAGGUCACCCAGGACUGAUGGGUGAACCAGGAAGUGAUGGAGCGGCAGGUAAAGACGGAGCCCCAGGCCUGCCAGGAGAACCGGGUCCACAGGGACUGAAGGGUGAAGCAGGGACUGCAGGGCAAAGGGGAGCCCCGGGAGAGCGUGGACGUCCUGGCCCACCAGGUGGAGGCUUUGGUUUUGGCUCCAAAGGACCAGAAGGGAUCAUAGGACCUUCCGGACCCCGUGGUGAAAGGGGAAGCCCUGGUUCACCUGGACAAGCUGGUAGCCCCGGACCACCAGGAAUCCCAGGGAAUGAUGCUGUUGUAAACUAUGAUGACAUAAGAUCCUUCAUCAGACAGCAGGUCAUAAAGAUCUUUGACGAGCGCAUGGGCUACUACAUGUCACGAAUGCAAAUGCCUGUGGAGAUGGUGGCGUCCCCUGGCCGACCAGGACCUCCGGGGAAAGAUGGAAGCCCAGGCAUCCAAGGGCCCCCAGGGAUACCGGGUCGCUCUGGGCAGAUUGGCCGUGAAGGAAGGCAGGGUCCCAUGGGUCCACCUGGUGCCCCUGGUGUAAAGGGAGAGAAAGGAGAUAAGGGUAUAGGAGAGAUGGGAGACAGUGGCCCUCCGGGUGCUCCAGGUGUCCCUGGUCCACCUGGUUAUGGUAAGAUGGGGCCACCAGGUUCUUCUGGUCAGCAGGGCAUUCCCGGAAUUCCUGGACCUCCAGGACCCUCUGGACAGAAGGGCAAAGAUGGCCGUUGUCACCCGUCAGACUGUAUGAGUAUGCCUGUGGAGUACAAUCCUAAGGGUCCCAUGUCUCAAAAAGGUCCCAUGUACUAGAAGAGGGCUUAAGAGAAAUACAAGUUGGAGGAUUGUACCCCAGGAUUGACAUUCUCACAAUUACCUACAGGCUUCUGAGAAGAUCCAUGGAGAACCAAAGGAUUAAUGUGCGUUUCGUUUCCACAUGAUGCAAUGCCAAAACACUGGUUCACCACGAAUGGGGGACAUUUGUAAGUUAUUGUCUGCUGUUGAACCAGUGAAGACAUCCCAAGAUUGAGUGCCUUAACCCCUGACAACUGUCCCAAAAUGCCACGCUUGGAUCAUAAACUGUUUUUUUAUGAUUUAUUAUUACAGUAAAUUGAAGACUUUUAGUUUCCUGGACAUACCAUCUGUUUAAAGUCAUUAUUGGUGCCCAGAUUUAUUCAUCAUUCAACAUUUUCAUUUCUUUACUAGCCCCCGUGAGAGAAUUUCGUUUGACGCUUCAUAUCUGUCUUCAAGGCCCUUGGUUAUCUUUAAGAAAUAUUCUAAAUUAAAUACAAGUUAAAAUCAUCUAUGGCAUGCUGUUGAUUACUGAGUUUUCCACUUAAAAUGGAAUAUUAUGGGGCAAGUGUUCAACUUUUUGUAACAAAAUUAGCAAUGAAAUGUUUUCUUUAGAAAUCGACUUCAUGCCAGAGAUGCUGUUUAAUAGGGCUUGUGUUGAAUCUAGAAUAUUCCUUUAACAAUGUUUUUGUAAGGGGGGCGUUUUGGCAGCUGCUAUUAUCUUACUGCUUUGACAAAGACAAUGUGGCAUAAAUAUCCAUCCAGUUUCCAGUGAAUAAUUUGUUCCAUAGUGUGAGCCAUUUAGUAUAAAAUAGUUUGAUGUUAUCACUAGAGGCAUAGAUGCAAUUGCCCUAAUUGACUGUUAAUUAUUCAAAAUGAACUUCCCCUAGGGCUUGUGUUGUACAUAUUCAUAUUUAUAUGUAAUGGCUUUUUGUACUUAAAAAAAAAUGACAUCAGCAUGGCAGCCCUUUUUAUUGUCGUCGCAGAUAUUUUGGAAUAAGUUUAUAAGCUCUAAACAAAUGAACGUUUUUGUAAAGGUAGGUUUUAUAUGCAAUUUUGGGUUAAAAAGCAAUUUUGUGAUGUUUCACCGGACGGAAAGAGAUUUUAUUUUUAUAAGAGUAUUUCAGUGACACCUAUCUCUCGAUGAACUCUGUGAUGACAUCUCCUCCUCCACCACUCUGGACUCUUAAACUUGAAUUUACUUAGAUAUACUGUACGGUACCACUUGCAGCUUAACCAUCAUGUGCUCCUAGAACACUCUAAUCUUAAAUAUGCUUUGCUAGUCCUCCUAAAACCACGCCAGAUCCCCAACCUUCACAGUUCAGUUAUUUUGAAAGCAAACGGCAUCUCUGAUUCUCUGCUGUGUCAGCUAGUCUGAUGCUUUUACACUCUGCACUUUAUCACUCCCUCAGACUGUAUGCGUGUGUGAGUGUGUGUGAAGAUAGCGAGAAAGAUUCUGUAUUGAGAGGGUAGCUGAAAAGGUUUUAGCAGAGCCAUUGACAAUUUUUAAAUUACGCCGUUUUCAUGAAGUGAAUGUUAUGAGCAUUCAGCCUUUCAACCACUUAUUUAUCCCAAGCUUUAAAAAAAAUUCUCCCCCUUCAUCAUGCAACUCAUCAUAGUGCUGUAAGUAAAGUUAUUUGUGUGCAAUUUUUUUAAAGAAACUUAAGAGAAGCAAUAAAUGUUUUGAAAGCA